UCUCUCUCUCUCUCUCUCUUCUUCUCCAUAAACAGAGAGUCACCGAAAUAAAUUGAAAUCCGUUGAGACGAUUUUGGAUUCAAAGCCUUGCCUUCAUCUUCAUCAUCAUCAUCUUCCUCUUCUUCGUUUAAGCUGGUUUUGUCAUCUCUCUCUUAACGAAUUUGAAUCUCGCAACCAUUGCUCUUCUCGCGCAUCUGUUGUUUUCGUGCUUCGAGAACUGUAUACGUUAUUAGUGUGUUAAGCGAUUUGGUUUUUAGCAUUCGUUUGAUUAGUUUAUUUGGGAAACAAUUAGGUUGUUUUUUGAGUUCCUGGGUAGUCGUCACUGACACAGCGAUUGAUUUUUUUUUUUUUUUGGUGUAGUAGUCACUUGAUUCAGAUAUUUUGAAUUCACAUCGAAACCAAAUCUUAGAUCCUUCUUGAAAUUUUUGUUAAUUGGGAAUAAUUGUUUAGUAGUAGUAGUUUCGUUUUUGGGUGAGUGAUUUGCUUCUGAGUUUUUUUGGGAAAAUUAGAGUUUUAGUUUCUGAUUUGGUGAUGCUUUUGGGUGCUUUGUAUUCUUGGUAAAGAAGAGCGGGAAAAAAACUUGGUAGUUUCCUUUUGUGGACCAUUUCAACUAUUGAAUGUGGUGAGAAUCUUUGAAAGUUAUCAUUAUCAAGAAAUGGAGAAUGGGUUAUGGGAGGUUUUAGGUUCAAAAGGGUUAUUGAAAAAACAUGAAUUUGUUAGGAUUCUGGUUCAAUGCUUAUACUCAUUAGGAUUCAACAAAUCUGCUUCUUGUUUGGAACAAGAGUCGAAUAUCUCGUGUAAAUCAGCUGAUUUCGGGAUUCUCGAAAAGCAAGUUUUGAGUGGGAAUUGGGAUGGUUGCGUAGCUGUCCUUGACAGGAUUUUUGGAGAUUCUAUGGAUCGUGACACGAGGAACACGGCUUUGUAUCUAGUGUUGAAGCAAUGUUUGAUUGAGUAUUUGAAACAGGGGGAUGUUUCUUUGGCCUUGAAUGUGUUACGGAAGCAAGCUCCGAUAUUAGGGAUGUGUAAAGAGAAGAUUCACAGGCUUGCUUGUGAUAUUGUUUAUUCGAAAGAGAUGGAAUCUUGUGAAGCAGAUAGCUGUUUGGUUCAGGAUUUGAGGAAGAAUUUGUUGGUUGAACUUGAGAAGUUGAUUCCAUUGCCGAUUGUUAUUCCUGAGAGAAGGUUGGAACAUUUGGUUGAGUCUGCUGUACUGGACCAGAUUGAUACAUGUCUGUAUCAUAACUCAUGGGAUGCUGUAUCACUUUACAAAGAUCACUGUUGCGGUAGAGAUCAGAUUCCUUCAGAAACAGUUCAGAUUUUGAUGGCACACAAAAAUGAAGUGUGGUUUGUGCAAUUCUCUAAUAGUGGCAAAUAUCUGGCCACUGCAUCAAGCGAUUGUACAGCUAUUAUAUGGCAGGUACUGGAUGACAACAAAGUCGAACUGAAGCACACACUUGAGAGCCACCAAAAUCCAGUUUCUUUUGUCUCGUGGAGCCCUGACGAUACUAAACUGCUUACAUGUGGAAAUGCUGAAGUUCUCAAGCUUUGGGAUGUUGACACAGGUGUGUUGAGACACACAUUUGGAAACAACAAUGCCGGAUUCACUGUUAGCUCUUGUGCAUGGUUCCCUGACUCAACUCGGCUUGUCUGUGGCAGUUCUGACCCAGAAAGAGGGAUUGUCAUGUGGGAUACUGAUGGAAACGAGAUCAAAGCUUGGAGAGGAACAAGAAUUCCAAAGGUAGUGGAUUUGGCUGUGACACCGGAUGGUGAGAGUAUGAUCACAGUAUUUUCGGAUAAAGAAAUCCGGAUCUUUAAUCUGGAGACAAAAGUCGAACGUAUAAUCUCUGAAGAACAGCCGAUUACUUCCCUUUCGAUUUCGGGUGAUGGUAAGUUCUUUAUAGUCAACUUGAGCAGCCAAGAGAUACAUCUAUGGGAUCUAGCUGGAGAGUGGAAACAACCAUUGAAGUUCUCGGGUCAUAGGCAGAGCAAGUACGUGAUACGGUCAUGUUUUGGUGGGUUAGACAGUUCGUUCAUUGCCAGUGGAAGCGAGGAUUCACAAGUGUACUUAUGGAAUCUGAAGAAGGCUAAGCCGCUUGAGGUGUUAUCAGGUCAUUCCAUGACUGUGAACUGUGUGAGCUGGAACCCGAGAAAUCCUCGGAUGCUGGCCUCUGCGAGUGAUGACCAGACCAUCCGUAUAUGGGGACCUGGCAAACCGAACAGGCCAGAGAAUCGAUUAGGUGACCAGCUUAGGUAGAUCUGAAUUUUAUAUGACACAACUUCAAGCCUUAUAUUAGAUAGAUAGAUCUCAUUUCAUAGUUUCUUUUUGGUUGGUAUCAAAUUUUUUUAUAUGUUAGGAGACAAGAAAAGACUCAACCAAUGGUUCCAAGAAAAGUCGAGCUGCACUAAGUCGACAGAAUCAAUUUAUUAUAGCUA